AUGAGAAUGAUGCAAGCAGAAGAAAAAGCAAGAGUUCGAGCAGAAACAGCAAAAGGCCUACAAAUAUAUAUAUAUAUAUACACGAGUGGACUAUCAGAUGUGUUUUGUACUGUGUGCAGCGUUUCAACAUCACACCUUUCUUUGAAUUAUUUUCACUAUCAGAAGGCCAAGAUGUAUAACUUUCCAGCUUUGAAAGCAUCUGUGGUGGGAGAUCCCUUGCGGGUACUUCCUACUGAAGAAGACAUCAGUACUCAAAAGUCCUUUACCAUCAGUCCUUCGGAGGACUUGCCGCCGAAGCUUGCACAGUAUGCAACACGCAUUCAGUGUUUGUGGGAAGUGGCUAAGAUGGUGGCAUCUUGGGUUGUUGGCAGGCCGGUACCCGACUUCUCACCAGGAUUUGAAACAGCGACGCGUGGCCAAAGCCAAAAUCUCAUGUGGAAAUGGAUUCGGUUCAUGUUGAUGAGAAAACAACGUGCGUGCACUCUUUGUAGUACAGCUGGCAUCUUGCAUGUGGCGAAUUUUCCCAACAUCUUGCCUCAACCAGGCUCGAACUUGUGCAGUUAG